GUUAGGGACGCUGAUGUAGCGCGGCUCAGCCGAGAAAAACGUUGGAAAAUAUCGAACGGAGUUUUCGUCGUCUCAUCCUCUCGUCUUCGAUAAUUAAAGUGAUACAUAGUGCGCGGUGAUUACGCGAUCGUGUCGGGCAAGAUGUCGGUGAAGAUGAUGAUGUACAAACAAACCGAGUUCGAGGACGAGGACAGCAGUAGCAUCGGUUCCGUGGCGUUGAACAGCGAGGGCAUCAGCACGUCUGGGACGCACGUCAGAUAUAAUUCGGGUAUCUCGCUGUGGAGAGCAAGGAGCCCGCUGGAGAGAUGUCUUUUCAUCAUUUGCGCCGGCCUGUUGUUGAUGGUGGUGAUGCUCUCGAUAGUUAUCAGCAGUAAGAACGGGUGGGACGAGGCGCAGAUACUUCACGUUACUUCCCACGGAGAAGAUGGUACACACUGUUUAACCGAGCAUUGUGUAACGGUGGCCGCGUCGAUCGUAAACAGCAUAGAUCGCUCGGUCGAUCCGUGCGACGAUUUUUACGAGUACGCUUGCGGUGGCUGGAUCAAAAAGAACCCGAUACCGGAUGAGAACAGCAUGUGGGGAACGUUCGACAAGCUCGAGCAAGACAAUCAGCUGGUCGUGAAAAAUGUUCUUGAAAAACCGUUCUGCGAAAUGAAAUCGAAGGCGGAGAAAAAAGCUAAGUAUUAUUUUCUAUCGUGCAUGGACGCGAACGAUACGAUUGAAACGCUCGGCGCGAAACCAAUGCUGGAUCUGUUGGAUACCAUCGGUGGCUGGAACGUUUCUGGGAAGUUCAAUCUAACCGCGUGGUCUUUGCAAAACAGUAUGCAUAUUCUGCAAAAUGUUUACAACAUGGACGGUUUAUUUACAUGGGCGGUGAACGAAGACGAUCGAAAUAGUACCAGGCACAUUAUACAAAUCGAUCAAGGAGGCUUGACGCUCCCAACCGCCGACAAUUAUCUCAACUUCACCGAACACAGCAAAGUGUUGCUCGCCUAUCUGGAGUACAUGACCAAGAUCGGCGUGCUGCUAGGUGGAGCGGAGAAUUCCACGAGGAAACAGAUGCAGGACGUGAUCGAUUUCGAGACCAGACUGGCACAGAUCAUGACACCGCUCGAAGAUCGUCGGGACAAAGAGAAGCUGUACAAUCAGAUGUCGUUGAGCGAACUUCAGCGUAAAGCGCCUUUCAUGUCCUGGGUGGACUAUUUCGAAAAUGCGACGGGCCUCGUUAACAAGAAAAUCAGUAACAAGACGAUGAUCGUAAACUUUGCACCGGAAUACUUUGUGAAAUUGUCCAAGGUGGUUUUAGAGUACAAUGGGACGAAAAAAGGAAGAGUAAUACUGAAUAACUAUCUGGUUUGGCAAACGGUGAGAUCUCUGACCGCCUGUCUGUCGAAACCGUUUCGGGACGCUUACAAGGGACUGAGGAAAGCUUUGAUCGGUUCGGAAGGCCGUGAAGAGCAAUGGCGUUACUGCGUCAGCGACACGCAUAACGCGAUGGGCUUUGCGAUCGGCGCGAUGUUCGUUAGAGAAGUUUUCCAUGGAAAGAGCAAACCCAUGGCGGAGAAGAUGAUCAACCAAGUGCGCAAAGCUUUCACCAAGAAUUUGAAAAAUCUCGAUUGGAUGGACGAGGAAACGAGAAGAUCCGCCGAAGAGAAAGCGAACGCGAUCACCGAUAUGAUCGGCUUUCCCAAUUUCAUUUUGAAUCCGAACGAGCUCGACGAACGUUACAAAGGACUAUCCGUCAAAGAAAACGAAUACUUCCAGAAUAACAUACGAGUGAGCAAGUACAACUUGCGAAAGAAUUUGGAAAAGCUCGGUCAGCCUGUGAACAGGACUAUGUGGAUCAUGACACCACCCGCGGUUAAUGCUUAUUACUGGCCCACCAAAAAUCAAAUGGUAUUUCCCGCUGGUAUACUGCAGAGUCCACUCUACGACAUGGAGAAUCCCAACAGCUUAAAUUUCGGCGGUAUAGGAGUUGUUAUGGGACACGAGUUGACCCACGCGUUCGACGAUCAAGGAAGAGAAUACGAUCUUCACGGGAACUUGAAUCAAUGGUGGAACAACGCUACGAUAGAAAGGUUCAAAAAUAGAACAGAGUGCUUCGUCGAACAGUACAAUAAUGUCGAGAUACAUGGUCGACAUGUGAACGGACGGCAGACUUUGGGCGAAAAUAUAGCGGACAACGGAGGCCUUAAAGCAGCGUAUCACGCCUACCUUUCCACGCCUAAAAGUUACAAGGAUCAAUUACCCUUACCUGGACUUAAUUUGACGCAUCGUCAAUUAUUUUUUCUCAAUUUUGCCCAGGUUUGGUGUUCCGCGGUAACGUCCGAAGCGAUAGCCCUUCAAAUCGAGAAAGACUCUCACUGUCCACCAAAGUACAGGGUGAUAGGGCCACUCUCGAAUCUGCCAGAGUUUGCGUCCGAAUUCAACUGUCCAGAAGGCUCGCGAAUGAAUCCGGUUCACAAGUGCGUAGUAUGGUAAACGAGCGGCACCGUUUCUUUCGACAGUCCACAUCAACUUGGAGAUUACAUACAUACAUAAUGUAUCGUUUAAUUCGGUAUAUCUCGCAAACGAGUUCUUGUGAAACUUGUUACAAACGCUUCCGCUUCUAUCAGUUGUGAAUCAGUUAGGAUCGUCGCCGCGAUCUUUUCCACCGAUAAGCAACAAUGCGUCGAUCAAGUAGAAGCGCCCAGCGUAACCAAGUUGCGCUUUCGACGGCGUUAUUUUAUUCGGACGGUAUCGGACGUGAUUCGUAGCGAAUACGUUUAUACCGAACGUUCCAGGGCUAAUUUCCUAUUAACCUCGAAUUCCGGAUAAAUCAGCUCUGAAGCUGAAUUAUUAUAGAAAGGCACUAGGGCUACCAUAUACGAAUCGUUGCAUUUCUUUACAACACUACUAUACUCGACGAACGCGUUGCGGAGUGUCAAUGUUUUUCAUUAACCGAACAAAUUCACCCUAGUUCAUCGUAAUCAUUCUGGUGGCAGCAGCAAUUAGUUUAUCGAGAACCGGUAUUCCUAAGGAUCGGUAUAUACAUAGGUACAUACUUAUGUACAAUGUGUAAGAUAUACGCGCUUGCAUACAAAGGCAUAUUGCCUUGGAAUUGUUCGUAACUGGUCCUAACUUUUCACAAAGAACAUGUACCCCCUCACCCCUUCCACGUUUUCAUCCAAUUCAGAGCGUGUCACUUAUUAUUUAUUGAGCAACGGGAAGAAGAGUGAGUACAUACGUACAUAUGUAUAUUCUAUUGGUGUCGCAAAAAAAUGAUUUCGACGAUCCAUGGUGGUUAUAAGCAAUGUAUUGCCGUAAUUUCUGCAGGCAGGAACUUCAACUCUAGUGUUAAGCUUAAGAAAUUUAAUUUUCUAAACGAACUACAGGCUAGUUAAGGUGGAACCAGGACUCCUCGUGUCAACCAGUACAAUUCGACGUGCCG